AUGAAUGGAUACAAUGCUACAGAUUCCAACACAUGCACAGAUAAUGAUGAGUGUUUCAAUUCCACCGUCUGUGGCCCUGAAUCCGUUUGCACCAACACACCCGGAGCUUAUACCUGUAAAUGUCAGCUAGGAUACACACCGACUGAACCGGACCAGGAGCCCAGCGAGACCAACAUCUGUAUUGAUGUUGACGAGUGUGACAAAUAUGCCACCAUCUGUGGUCCUGAUGCCAACUGCACAAACUCAAUGGGAUCUUACAUCUGCAACUGCUUCCCUGGUUUUCGGCUAAACAACCCAGGUGUGAAAGCCAGCAUUGAUAACCCAUGCACAGGUCUUAAGGACAUUUUAGAUGAGAUAAACCCCCAAGAGACUGUGACAAACGUCUUCUCAGCAUCUAUGGAAGUGUCAGGUGUUGGACCACGUGCCGGGUUAGUCAAGGUGGGUAGUGAAGGAGACGGGGACACCGGCAGUGUGAUCCUGGACAUCUCAAACCGUUUGGUGUCUAUUAUUGUGCAGCCAGAUUUACGUACUGAAACUAUCGGGCCUGGAGGCAACAAUACAGAGAGCUCUACGCUCUCGGUCAAGGGAAACACCAUGCAGAUCAACCUGGAAGGUCUGGCCAAAAAUAACAACGGUUCUGCAGCAGCUGCCUUCAUGACAUUAAAUGGGAUGGAGAGUCUCCUUAGUCAUCAGUACUUUGAAACAGAGAACAAGACAGAGAUGUACUCUGAUGUCAUCACUGCAAUCUUACCAGCAAUGAACAACACCAACCUCACUGAGCCCGUCAACUUUACCAUCCAACAUAAGAAGACAGUACCUGAAUCUGGUUUGGUGACCUGUGUGUACUGGGAGGACAAAACAGAGGAGACAGGAAUGGGAGAAGGAACUCAAAGAGGAGGCGAAAAGACCAAAACCAAGCGUUGGUCGAUAGAGGGCUGUUGGGUUGCAUACACAGAUGAAAACUACACAGUGUGCAGCUGCUCCCAUCUAUCCACGUUUGCCCUCAUCAUGCAGAUUGGGGAGCCUCCACCAGAGGAUCCUUUUCUCGAGUGGCUCAACCAAAUAUGUGUGAUUAUCGGACUAUUCUUCCUUGCUUUGGCCAUCUUCACCUUCCUCCUGUGUAGCUGGAACCCCAAGAUCAACAACACAGCCCGUCUCCACAUCUGCCUCAGCCUUUUCUUCUCCCAUCUCCUGAUGCUGUGGAUUGACAAAUACAUUGAACAAGAGCUGGCCUGCAUUGUCAUGGCGGGGCUUCUCCACUUCUUAAUUCUAGCAGGUUUUGUGUGGAUGCUGCUGGAGGCGGUCCAGCUCCACCUGUUGGUCCGGAGACUGUCUAAGGUGCAGGUCAUCAAGAGGGUUGGCCUCCCAAGACCGCUUCUCUACCUGAUUGGCUACGGCGUUCCAUUUGUGAUUGUGGGUAUUUCUGCACUGGUAUAUUCUGACGGAUAUGGUGCUACUGAAGCACAGGUGUGCUGGCUCUCCAGACAGCGCAAUUUCAACUGGGCUUUAACAGGCCCCGUCAUUGUUAUCCUUGGACUUAAUUGGAUAUUGUUCUGUGCCACUCUAUGGAGUCUGAGACCCACACUGGUCAACAUGAAAAGUGAUGUUUCUCAAUCCAAAGACACCAGGGUUAUUGUGUUCAAGAUCCUGGCCCAGUUUGUCAUACUGGGCUGUACCUGGAUUCUGGGCCUGUACCAGACAAACAUUUUCUUCCAGAUCCUCUUCAUCAUUCUUAACUCCCAGCAGGGCACCUUCCUCUUCAUUGUCCACUGUCUGCUCAACAAGGAGAUCCUCUUCAUCAUUCUUAACUCCCAGCAGGGCACCUUCCUCGUCAUCGUCCACUAUAAGGAGGAAGACUCUUCAGAUAGAUCAUUCUUCAUCUUGCCUCCUGAUAAGCUUGCCAUUUUCAUUGUUCAGGACUGA